AUGAAGAAAAGGAAUGCCCUUGCAGCUCUAACACUAGCCCCUCUGUCCUUUUACUCUUACAGAUUCCUGCAGCAGAACACAAGCAUGGUCCCUCGGCAUUACAACGUGUUCCUGAGCUACGGAGAUGGAGACACUCGGACUGGCUUCGCCGAUUUCCUAUACAACAGCCUAGUAGCUGCAGGGGUCCACGUGUUCAGGCACGACGACGCGCUCCCGGUUGGCAAGCGGAUAGGCCCGGAGAUUCUCCGGGCCAUUAGGAGUUGUAGGAUCGUGAUUCCUAUCAUCUCCGAAGAGUAUGCGCAGAGCAAUUGGUGCCUCCGCGAGCUCAUGGAGAUUAUGGAUUGCCACAGACAUUAUGGCAAAUUAGUCUUUCCUGUAUUCUAUAAGCUGGAUGUUGUUGAUGUACGUGAUCAACUCGGUAGGAUUAAAGAGGCUCUAUGUCAACUUGAGAAGCAGUACAGUUCAGAAGAAAUGCAAGAAUGGCGAGAGGCGCUGACUUCUGUGGCGAGGAUUAAAGGAUGGAUAUCAAACAAUGUUGCUAAUGGGCACGAAGGAGAUCUGGUGAAUAUGGUGGUGGCAAAGGUUUCAGAUGAACUGCAGACGACAUGGAUCGAACGGCUCCCCGUGUUUCCUAUAUUGAUGUCUAAUUAUUGCGUAAGAUCAGUGCAUCAUUACUUUUUGCAGAAUAAAAGAAGAGAAAGUAAAUGGCGAGUGUUCGUGGCCUUUCGUGGCCCUGAUACUCGAUUUGGCUUGGCAGCUUACCUCUACAUCAGCCUUGUAGCUGCAGGAAUCAGAGUGUUUAACGAUAAUGAUCCAUUCCUCAUAGGGAAAGAUGUUGAUCAUGAGAUUUACAAUGCUAUAGACCGCUGCAAGAUAUCCAUUCCGAUUCUCUCUGAAAAUUAUGCCAAAUCUAAAUGGUGUCUCGACGAGCUAGCUCAAAUGGUUGAAUGCAAGAGAAGAAAGGGGCAAAAGAUACUGCCCAUCUUUUAUAAAGUGACAACCUCACACGUGAAAGAUCAGUUUCGAAAAGACAUGCUUCAACAUAAGGAGUCGGUCGAUGGAAAUAUUUAUGAGGGGUGGGAGCGAGCUCUCAAGGAGGUUGAGUCCUCCCACGCAUGGGUAUCGCAGAAUAUCGACAAUGGGCAUGAAGGGGUACUUGUAAAAUUGGUCGUCAAGGAGGUUUCGAGGUUGUUGUACGAUCCCCAAACACGUCCCAUCCCCAGGCACAUCUCCCGUAUGUGA